UCCAACCCCUUAAUAAACCAAACAAUUCCUUGUGGAUUAAGUCCAAUCCUACAUAAAAAUAUUACAGGAAUAAUGUAUGUAAAUGCCAUUUUAGUAUACCCACUUAAGAUGAUACUGUGAACCACGGCUAACUAAUGGUACAUUGUCUUUUGUUCUCAUUUUUUGACAACGAUUUCCAGCCCUUUUUCCUGAGGAUGUAAGAAGGAAGGUGAAACAGGGGCCAUCUUUACAUGGAAAAGGGCUAUUUUGUCAUCCAUAGUGAUUCAGUCUGCCUCCGAUGUAAUUAUAAUUCAUUCAUUACUUUUAAGUCUUUUAACAAUUAUUCUCCAAACUGCCCUGAUAUGGUGAUGAAGUGAGUUCAUUAAUAAAAAAAGAAAAUAAAGUAUGCAAUACUUGAGCAGCAAUAACGGAUACAAAGACUUAAAAGGAAUUAACAGGCUUAUACAAAUCUGAAGAUAAGUAAUAGAGCUUGUUUAAAGCAAAACUUUGUAGUUUUUCAACCUUAAAAUAAUGUCUCUAAAAUUGUCGAACAACUCUUAACUGGACGAAUUCUACUUCCGCUGCAUUAUUCACAAAACUGGGAAGAGACAAUUGUGGUUAUCAACCAAAAGUUCCAUAGUGUUGCUUUAACCGUGUUUCCCUUAUGUAUUACUUAAAAAAAAAAUGGUUCUGCAACAAUGUUAAGCGAAAUGGAGUUAAUUGUGGUUAAUUUGCUUUCGAAGCCAAAUGAAUUCCCGAAGUUAUUCACAUAUUUGUAGCCUCAAACAAAAAUUUUUUGUAGCCAACAAGAGUGAUAUCUGCUGUACAAUUAUGUAAAUAAUGCUUUAUGCAAAAAACACUCAUCAAUAAUAAUGUAGGCCCCUAUAUACAAAAACGUAAUAAAAGAUGUGUAGGCUACAGUUUAAAAAACGUCCCUCCUCCAGGAACUUGAGAUUUCAACAUUGUCACACAUCGCCACCUAUUGGUCACGUGUUUAACCUAAAAAUUUGCGCACCUGACAGGUGUAAAAAUAAAGCACACUCAUCUUUCUAGCCAAUUUUUACCCAAAUAAAUCAAGGUGGCUCAUUCAAGUGAUAGCUUCCUUAGCAAACAGCGCAGGAAGUAUUUCGCGAGAUUGACAUGGCUCCGCGGUGACAACUGGAGUGUUUUUACACCUGCUUUCUAAAUAAGGACGCGGCCCGUCAGGCAUAUGACCGCCGCACCAAUUUGGGAGCUGCCAAAGAGUCCAUCACGUCCCAUACUCUCCUGUGAGAUCUCACUCUCCCGGGCUCCUCGAUCGAGUGGAUUGACAGCGAUAUAUAUAUAUUUGCGUAGUGCUGCAGCUCGCGCAUCGAUCGCUGGCGCUCAACUUUUCAUCGCCCAUCCCCUCCGUUCUGCAUUACGCUUAACGGGCCAGUGUUAACGGGUGAGGACGUGAGGUCAGCGUGAUGUCAUCCCGAAGGUGGGUGAUGUCAUCUUGAAGAUCUCCCAGGCAAGGUGAGCUUGCAUUUCGGCGAGUGUGUGGUGCUCCCCACGCCAGCGUUUGCCCACCGCGAGAGGUGAAACAUGGUAAUCAUCAUCACCGCCGCCACCAGCUCAAGCUCCGCCGCCCUGCUCUUCUCAUCUACCGAGGGGCUUAUUGCGUUACACGCCCGCAGCCCCGACCUGCCUUCCAAAAAUAAGCCCCGGCCACCAUGCCGAAAGAAGAAAAACAAGAGUGGUAUUUUUAGGGUCAUUAAUUUUGACCACGUGCCCCGAGGGUAAACCGGAUGGCCACUGCGCAAAGGCUCCUCAUCAGUAUGUGCGAGACCAGCGGGCGCUGGACGUGGACUGCGUUUGUUCUGCUUGGCUUUCUGCUCGGAAUCGUGUCCUCCUACCCCAUCUCCGACAGGACUAAUGCAACUCUACUGGAGAAAAGCUGGGAGACGCUCUUCUCUCGCUCGGUUUUGGGGAUCUCGAUGGACAAAUCGGACCAGAACUGGGAGAAUGACUAUUUGAUGGGUAUUAAGAGAGUGCGGAGGCUGUACUGCAACGUGGGCAUCGGGUUUCACCUGCAGGUCCUCCAAGACGGCAGGAUAAACGGUGUACAUAAUGAGAACCAGUACAGUGUGAUAGAAAUCUCAUCGGUAGAGAGAGGGGUUGUUAGUCUGUACGGCGUGAAGAGCAAGCUUUUUGUCGCAAUGAGCAGCCGCGGAAGGUUGUACGGAACGAGGGUCUUCCGUGACGAGUGCAAGUUCAAGGAGAUGCUGCUGCCCAACAAUUACAACACAUACGAGUCUUCCAUUUACAAGGGCUUUUAUAUCGCCCUCAGCAAACAUGGCCGCUUGAAGCGAGGCUACAAGGCCUCCCCAGUGAUGACUGUCACACAUUUCCUUCCACGUUUGUUAUCAAAACUUGCAAAAACACAAUAAUUUGCACAUGUUGGAUGUUCUCGUGGCUAACCUAAACAUAAGAGGUGAACUGCAAAGAACAAAAAUAACACGUACAGUAUUUAUUCUCGUUGAAAUAAUGAUAUAUGUAUAUUUCCGUAGCUUUGUGUUGGAACUGUGUAAAUGCUGUCUUCCGCUGCUUUUGAUUUCUGUUAUGAGUAUGUGAGAGUCGGAGAGCUUUUUCUGCCCUCUUACUAUGGGUGCUUGCCAUAACUGGUGUAAACUUUAGCUGGCCAUAGGAAUGACGAACAUCCUCAGCUUUUAGAAGUGAAAUGAAUACUUUUUAUUACCUCAAAGAGCCACGUCCGCACAGAAGUAUUUGAAAGGUACAGAGGGAAGAAUAAAUAUCGGUUUACUUGGAUCUUCGUUUGUAUCACCUAUGAAGAUGAAAGCACUUAUUUUCUGCAGUUAUUCCUGUUUCGUGAUUAGUUGGUGCCUUAUAGCUAUUGAUAUUUUGGCUCGUUUUAUUUGUAUGCAAUGAAGACAUGCCACUGUUUUGAAUUUAUAGUUCCUUCUGUCAAAUGGAGGCUUUAAGGUCUUCUAAAAUUAGUUUAUGAUCCAUAUUUAUGUCACAGGUUUGGAGAUUAAAGACAGCUUGCAUGGAUCUUUAUUGAUACUCAGAAAAGUGUACCGUUUAUCUGUAAUGUUUUUGAUUUGGAUUGGAUUGGAAAAAAAGAUAUUUGGAAAUAUGUCAGCAACUGACAUUUCUGGGACAUCAUUGACUACCAUAGUAGGAACAUUUUAAAUGGUAGUCAAAGGUGCCGUAUAUCGCUUUGCUUUCCUAAAUUCUUGACUUUUUUCUACUAUGGUAGUCAAUGAUGUCCCAGAAAUGUUAGUUGCUAAUAUUUUUCCAAAUAUCUUUCUUUAUAUUCAAAAGAACAAAGAAAUGUAUGCAGGUUUGGAAAACAUUGAGGGUGAGAGAAUUAAGACAGAAUUUUUAUUUUUGGGUGAAGUAUCCCUUUAACUUACUAAAAAUUGUGAAUGAUCUCCAUUGAGGUGUUAGGAAUUUAAUCUCACCAACAUGUUGAAUACAUACUUGAACGCCAUCAAAAAGUCUUUGGAAUGUAAAAAACGUCUUCUGUUUAAGAUAACAUAAUUGCUCAUUUAUGCUUACACUAUCCAACUACUAAAUUCCUGACUCAAUGAACAUAGAUUUGAAGAAUUUAAAUUCAGUAUCUUUAGGCAUUCCCCCUCCAUAGCUUACAACGUUUUUGUAGUUCUUUAGUUUUAUCAUUUAUUCGCAAACUUCAGUCAAAGAAAGGCUGAGGCUCUCAUUUGUGAAGAACCUUUUGUAACAUUUUAGUUCAAACUACCACAAUCAAGAUUUCUUUGUACAUCCGUAUGUACACUUGUAUCCUUUGUGCAAGUCAUGUUAGAACAUGUUGGAUUUGUGUGUCACAGCCGCAAUGUGCAAUAGCGAAGCAAAGGUUCGCUGAUCAGAGCUUUACCACUGCGGUCGAACAGUUAAAGGUUACAACGUAUCGACUUACCUUGCAAUUCUCUUGCGCUAAUGGCUAAGCUAUUUAGUUCAGCAGAAAACUUGACAUUGAUAUUUUGAGUUAAUAAUAAUGGAAAGAAGAUUCAUUUCUAUGACUGAGAUGUUUGAGUCAGGUACAUUGAUAUACAGAUGGUUAUACAAUAUGCUUUCUAAGUGUGUUUGAGUUUUAAAGGGGAAGUGUGUGAUUUUUGCACCAUAGAAUUGCAACUUGCUUGUUUUAAAAUAUUUUCUCAAGCAUCUGUUUGUCAUAAAUGGAAACCUUGUGUUUGGAAAAAAAUUUUUUAUUCAGUCCGGUUGAGAUAUAGUUGCAUAAAAAUGACACACUUCCCAUAAAAUUCUUUUUAUUCAAAUUGCUUUGGUUAUUUUCGAGAAAUAAGUUAUUUUCAACUUUAUUGUGUUGAAAGAAUGAACUUGUUACUGUUUGAUCUUCAGUUGGAUCUUGAUGAGUCUAUGGAUUUAAUACUCUUUGUACCCCAAAUAUAGGCAUGCAAUGUGAAAAAUGUCAAAAUGACUGCUUUUUAUGUACUGUAUGUGAUGGCCUAUGUUAAUUUAUUGAUAUGUAUCUCCACUGUACUCUGUCUUUUGUCACAUUUCAGAUCUCUUUAUACUUAAGUAAAAUGAAUAGAAUUUUGCAUGGAUUGUAAUGCAAAAUGUUGGACAGAAAUGUUGUAUCUAGAAGUUAAACCCUCAAAACAAAACAGCUAUCUCUCAUGCAAGUUCCACCAGUUUUUUGUACUGUAUCUCCAUCUUGAAACGGCCCCAUUUGUGGCUUACAGGAUGACUGUAACGGGUGUAUGCAGCAUUUGUGUUCUUUCUCAGUUUUGUAUUCCUGCACAGAGGGGCGGACGCCCCCUCCAAAUUCCCCUCCUAUUUUCUAUCAUAUACCUCACCUUCUGCCUUAGUUCCAAUUUGUUGAGAUGAUUGUACGAUUUGUUGGAGACAACAAACUUUUUGCCAAUCAUUUUGUUCUAAAAAAAAAUAGAAAAAGUGAGAAUUCUAAUAUAUUAAGAAAAUGUUUCCUUUUAUUUUUAUACGUAUAUGUGCUGUGCACAGCAGCCAACUGUAUUACUGAAAUGAAAAUAAAAGGUUGUU